ACCUGGCGUCGGGUGUGUAUACAUUUGGGAAAAUAAUAAAGCGAAUAUAUUUCAUACCGUGCGUAUAUUAAUACCCAAUUAAUUACUGGAAGAAAGGGACCUUUUCAUUUCGAGUUUCAUCCAUUUCAAGUGAUUGUUUUCUGUGCAGAAGGAGAAGGAACAAGAUUUCUGUGAAAGUGAAAGCCCUGCCUACUUUUGACAUUUGGCUUUGCUCUGUCCCUAUAGAAUUCAGUGCAAAUCUAGAAGCCGUACCGGAGAAACCAUUUUCGUGUCACAAAGGAACUUCAAGAUGUCGAAUCCGACCAACGAAUACGAUUCCUAUUUUCUCAAUAUAUUCCCGCAUUGGAUGCAGUCUCAUGUUCCGCGUGGGAUGGGCAAUCAAUCUACCCAGACUAAGACUUCGCCAACCAAGACAGCGAAUAAGUCUACCCAGACGAAACCUGUUAAUGAUGGCAACGUGCAAGCUAGCGUGAUCGCAAUGCUGACAGGAUUGGACUCGAUCUUGGACAUGAAGCCUAGCAGAAGUCCUUCGCCCGAAGAGUUCCAGCGCCUAAAUGAGAUGUUGACCAGCCAGAACUGCGAUUCGCUGCGCGAAGUACUGGAGUCAAGGAAGCGAACGCUUCCCGAGGAGGACCUAACUGGGUUUCUAACUACGAUACUAAAGCAAAAUCCAGAUGGGAAACCGCUGCCUAAGCGGCAGAAGCCGGAGCGCCAGGAAGAAGAGUUCUCAGGGCAGACAACAGAAUAUUGGGAACCUGACCAACCAUUCUAACUUGGAAACGUCGAUGAAUUAACGACAAAAUGAUUGGACAGUCAACUGAGCAGGUCAGAUUCAACAUUUGCAGGCAACAUG